UACUGGAAGACAAGAUUUAUCCUGUAAGGCAGGAGUGUCUAGGAAGGCAAGACGCAACAUGGAUUGACUCACUAAGCACUUUGGCAAUCCAGUUGGAGAGGUGCUCGGACCCUGAUCAGUUGGAGACACAUCCCACGGUUUAACUGAUCUGUGUGAAGAGGGAUCGGAUCACAGACCCAAAGAAUAAUCACCAAAGGCUAAUACCUUGAUAAAAAAAAGUAUCUAGAGCGAUCGUCCGAAAAUCAUUUCUAACAAUAAAUAUGAACUAUUUCAUACUUUUUGAAAGUAAUGGUACGAAAUUUGGUAUCUAGUGGGGCUCGAAUGUCAUUUUACACCGAGUUAACAUGGCGCAAUUUCUAUAAUUCUGUCAUAUUUCAUAUGAGAAUGAGACCACACCAUACUGCGCAAAGAAAGGACUAGUAAAUCCUUUCGCCCAAAACCCGCCACCAUGCCACCUAACCUUAUGCUCCUCGCCACCGCCGGAAUCACUCUCCUCCUCCUCGUUGUGCCAAAUUCCGCCACUAAAACCCCACAGUUCCGGGAAGCCCCUGCAUUCCGAAACGGCAAAGAAUGCGCAAAAUCCCAAUGGUCAACCACCGACAGCGUUCAUGACAACGACACCAUUCAAAUAGCCAUGACCCUCGACUACUCUUCCCCCUACCUCCGUGGCUCAAUCGCCGGCGUUUUGUCGGUGCUACAGCAUUCCACCUGCCCUGAAAACACUGUCUUCCACUUCCUUGCUACACAGCGCCACCACCAACCCCUCCGCCGCACUAUCACUGCUACAUUCCCUUACCUCAACUUCCACCUCUACCCCUUCAACCCCACCACAGUCAACCACCUCAUCUCAUUCUCCAUUCGCCGUGCCCUCGAUCAGCCCCUCAAUUACGCCCGCAUCUACCUAGCUGACCUCCUCCCCCCCGCCGUCACCCGCAUUAUUUACCUUGACUCCGACCUCAUAGUCAUCGACGAUAUAGCAAAACUAUGGCGAAUCAACCUUAACUCUCACUCCCUAGGUGCCCCCGAAUACUGCCAUGCUAAUUUCAGUCAUUACUUCUCUUCAAGAUUCUGGACAAACCCAGCAUUUUCCACCGUAUUCAAAGGCCGUAAACCAUGUUAUUUCAACACUGGCGUGAUGGUAAUUGAUUUGACAAAAUGGAGAAAUCAUGGGUACACAGAAAAACUCGAGUACUGGAUGAGAAUCCAAAAGAGGUACAGAAUCUACGAAUUGGGUUCACUGCCUCCAUUUUUACUAGUUUUCGCCGGUAAUGUUGAAGGAGUAGAGCACCGGUGGAAUCAACACGGACUCGGCGGCGAUAAUCUUGAAGGUUUGUGCCGGGAUCUGCAUCCGGGUCCGGUGAGUUUACUCCACUGGAGUGGAAAAGGGAAGCCAUGGUUAAGAUUGGAUGCUAAGAGGGCUUGCACUUUGGAUAAUCUUUGGGCGCCGUACGAUUUGUUCCGGCAUGAAUACUUGUUUUCGGAUAGUUGAAUGCAUUACAGGUGAUCAUAGCCCUUGGAUGAGUAAUGAAUAAUUGAGAGGUGAGUUGCAGUGAAAGGACGAAUAAGGACAAAUUUUUUGGACGAUUAUGAUGACGUGGCAUGAGAAAAAUAAAAUAAAAUAUGAAACGAGUUUAACAGUCGGGCUUAAAUGUCAUUUUUGCUGUCCAGGGUGAUGGUGGGCCGCCGUGAGUGGCUUGUGUAAUAAUCUAGAUUUUGAGGAAGUGGUUGGAUUUGUAAAGAUUCUCGUGUUGUUGUCUACUGAAGGCAGUUCUUUGUUAAUACUUUGUACAAAUUUUGUUGAACAAAUAUUUAUCUAUUUACUUAUUUUUACAUUUUUUCAGAAAUGUAAAAAUAGGGAAAGUUUUAUUUUUUAA